UUCACAGCCUUCAAACGGUUGAAGAUCCAUUGGCAAACCGAGCCCUUCAUCACCGGCAGCAUAUCCAACUCCGGCGAAGACUCACUUUCAGAGCCAAUAUCAACGGCUCUUCCCCACUCUGGCAGUGACAUCUCGUCCCCAUUCCUGCAACAGCAUCUCCAACAAGGUCGAAAACUCCUUAAGUAUUUCCAGAGUGACCCUGGACCCCUGAGUUUGGCCAAGUUGAUUCCCAGUCCGCAUCUGAAAACAUAGGAAGUAGGUAGUGAAAGAGUGGUAAGCCACUGACCAUAAAUCACCCCAAAUUCCCCCCGCAACAGAUCUGAGCUCAUAUUCUCCUUUCUUCCUUCCUCCACAUUAGCAAAUUCUACUUCAUCUUGGUGGGUUUUUUACCUUUCAUUUUCCAAUUUUAAUCUCUAACCCCCCCUAACAAAAAAACCCACCCCUAACCCAAAAAAAGUUUAAUUAAGCAGUAGUAUUUAUGAAAUGGAGCUCUUUGUGGCGGUAAUUGUGAAUCGCAAACAGGGAGAAGAAGUCAAAACAAGCAACUCUUCCGGAUUCGUAAUUUGAUAGUUUGGGGCGUUGAAAUUAAGAAAAGUCUGGUUAUUGCCGUCGUCGUCAGAGAAAGCACUAAGCAGCAGAGCAGCUUGGGGUUAAUUGAAUUAGAAUUGAUAAAAAUGUCUCUAAGAAUAAAGGCGGUGGUGGACAAAUUUGUGCACGAGCUAAAGGAGGCUCUGGACGCGGACAUACAGGACCGACUCAUGAAAGAGAGGGAGAUGCAGAGUUACAUUGAGGAGCGGGAACGCGAGGUCGCCGAGCGUGAAGCCGCUUGGAAGGCCGAACUCUCUCGUCGUGAGGCGGAGAUUGCCCGGCAAGAAGCUAGAUUAAAACUGGAAAGAGAAAACCUUGAGAAAGAGAAAAGUGUGCUGAUGGGAACUGCAUCAAAUCAAGAUAAUCAAGAUGGAGCUCUUGAAAUUACAGUUAGUGGAGAGAAAUAUCGCUGCCUUAGGUUUGCUAAAGCAAAGAAGUAGUAUUCUAGGGGUUUAGGUUUAUGAAAUACAUUAAUCUUGUACAUCUACGGUUUGUAAAUGUUCAACCAAGGAUACGAAAAUGCUUGAUAAAGGCCAAGUUUCAUUAUUUUCUCGUCUGACAGUUGAUCUCUCUGAUGAGAGUAACGCCACUUGGAAUUACGUUUGUUGUUAAGCUGUUUCUUUUGCUGUGAAGGACAUUGACGAUCGUUAUUCUGAACAAAGUAAAUAUUUCUUUUUA